AUGCAAGCCCCGCCAAUGGGAACACCAUCUGCAACUCCGACUACAGCCGAUCAAAAUUCCAACACUACAACAAAAACCGUCGACGCCUCAUUGUGGUGGGACCCCUUCAGUUCCUUACUUGCUGACCUCGAAAACUCCUUUCUGGCGUCCGAAUUCCCCCCUUAUCUGGAAAAGCAGUUGAAGGACAAUCAUGCUUGGUUUUUGAACACCAUUUUGCUAUUUAAACCUCCAAAUGAGAAGUCAAAAGAGGCUCUGGAUGCGCAGAAAAUAAAGAUUGGUUCUCAUGAGGUGAAUGUACAGCCCGAACUGAAAGACGUCGUGCUCAAAAUUAGUUCAGUUCUGUGUUUAGAUGAGGUGCAAUCGUACAUUAUUGUCAGAAGAUCGAUCACGAAUAAUGAUCUGGAAAUGGACAGCACACAUCAAAAUAUUCUUGAUUUGGUUAUGCUGGAGUACUAUGUAGAAAGACAACGUUUGUUGAAAUGCACAAGGCAGAUACUCAUGCAUGCGUUAUAUCUUGGAACGCGAUCAGAAGGGUCUGGUGUAUCAGAGGAGGCUCAGAGGUUGAUUUCUGAUGGACUUGAAAGUAAAUUACUUUCUGUCUUCCAGGACCUUCUAUCUGCCAACUACCCUGAGCAGAUGGAUGUUGACCUCUACACUCUAUGGGCUGAGGAGAUUCUUAUUGAAGAGAAUUUGAUCCUGGAAGUUCUUUUCCUGGCUUAUUAUGAGUCCUUCUGUACUUGUAAUGCAGAAAGCUGGAAAAGAUUGUGCUUGCUUUAUCAGGACAUCAUCACUGGUUCAUACAACUUUGGGAAACUGGCAAUAUCACCAGAAGCAGUUCGUUCUAUAUAUCAUGCCAAAGUGCAGCUGCUACUUAUUCUCAUAGAGGCUUUGGACCUGGAAAAUCUCCUUCAAAUGGUCCACGAUGAAAUUCCGUUCAGGCAGGGUUCUGUUGCUUUUUCCGUAACUGAUGUCCAAGAAAUGGAUUCAACGAUAUCUCGUUUUAAUGCUUUUGAGACCAAAGAAGCAGGUCCUCUGAUUCUUACAUGGGCAGUGUUUCUCUGUCUCAUUUCUUCUCUUCCGGAAAAAGAUGAGAAUAAUUUGCUGAUGGAGAUCGAUCAUGUCGGUUAUGUUCGUCAAGCUUUUGAGGUUUCAUCUUUGAGUUAUUUUCUCGAAAUUCUUGAGAGUGAAACAUUGAAGGAUUCUGAUGGUCCUAUUGCUGGUUACCAAAGUGUUUUGAGAACAUUUAUAUCCGCAUUUAUUGCAUCUUAUGAAAUCAGUCUCCAGUUUGAGGAUAAAAAUCUAAAAGUAAUUCUGGAAAUCCUUUGCAAAAUCUAUCGAGGAGAGGAGUCACUUUGCGUUCAGUUUUGGGACAGGGAGAGUUUCGUCGAUGGUCCUAUUCGGUCUCUUCUUUGCAAUUUGGAGGGUGAGUUUCCAUUCAGGACUAUUGAAUUUGUACAGUUCUUAUCAGCCCUUUCAGAAGGCGCUUGGCCGGCAGAAUGCACAUUUAAUUUUCUUGAUAAAUCAGUUGGCUUAUCAUCUCCAUUUGAGAUAAGUAGUGACUCUGUGGUGGAUGCUUCUUCAAAGAUCAUUGAAGCGCGCCAGCCUGUUCAUAUUCCUGGUGUUGAAGGCUUUGAAAUUCCCAGUAGAUCUCGCGGUCAUGUGUUGAGAAUGAUCGAUUGUAAUACUGCUCUAGUACGGUGGGAGUACACUGAAUCUGGAGUGCUUGUGCUUCUUCUGCGUUUUGCUCAAAAGGUGUAUUUGAAAAGCUUUGAGGAGACCACUGUUACUCUUGAUUUGCUAAGUCGAUUAGUGACUUUUAACACGGCCAUAUGCUAUGCUCUAAUGGAUGCUGGGAUUUCUUCGAGUGGUGAAGUAACUUCAGCAGGAAAACCAGAAAAAUAUCCGUUUGUUGAUUUGGUUGAGAUCCUAUGUGCUUUGGUCAAAAGCCUACCUCCCAACUGCAAUGGUGCAAUAAUGAUGUCCAUGGGAGUUACUAUUUUGUCAAAAAUGUUAAAAUGCUUGCCUUCUCAAUUAGCAACAAGGGUGAUGAAGGCAAAUAUAUUUGAUCUUGCCUUGGAGACAAAUCCCUUUAAUGUUAGCUCCAUUGGUUUAUCAAGUGGAUCGUGUUUGCUUUCUGGAAGGCUUGCCAAGAUGCUCUUGAUUGAUUGUGAGCAAAGUGAUUGCUCGCUGACACUUUCAGUGCUAGACUUCACAAUGAGGCUUGUGGAGAUUGGAUUUGAAAAUGAUGUUGUUCUUGCACUUGUUGUUUUCUCCCUUCAGUAUGUUCUUGUUAAUCAUGAAUUCUGGAAAUAUAAUGUGAAGCAUGCGCGCUGGAAGGUGACAACAAAGGUUCUUGAAGUCAUGAAAUAUAUUUUGUCAGUCUUGUACCAUUGGAAACUGGGUGAGGUCGUUCGAGAUAUUCUGCUUUGUGAUGCUUCCAUACACAAUGCACUUUUCCGAAUUGUUUGUACAACUACGCAGGGCUUGGAGAAACUUCAUCUUAGCCGCCUGAUUGAGAUGACGGAUAUUGAAGGAUUGCAACUAGCCAUAUCUACUGGCUUGGAUGUUCUUGUUAGUAUGGGAUCUGAUCUCUCAAAGGAUCUUACGAGUAUUUCAGUAUUUCAUCAAGCGAUGCUGUCACCAACAACAAAGCCAAUACCUGUGGCCACUGCUGCCAUGUCGUUGAUAUCGUACUUCCACAAUCCUAAGAUACAGGCUAGUGCUGCAAGGUUGCUGUCCAUGUUAUUUGUUGUGGAUUUUUCGCAUUCAUCUACAUUGAGCAAUGCUUGUUUUGGUCUGGAUGAUAAGCAGGUUGACAGAUGUAAGAAUUCUAUUUAUAGAAUUCUUUCUGAGCAUUCACCUUGGAGUGAAGAUCUCAUUGUUGCUACAUUGAAGCUGCUCAUAUUUUCUGCACGCUAUCAGCCUGCCUUUUGCAUUGCCGUUAUUGCUUCCAAAGAGAAUUUAAAUGCCCAAUUGGGCAAUACUGACUGUGAGCAGCAGCCUGAUAAAGCUGACAAGGGAUUGUUGCUCUCCAAGGAAGUCAGUCUUUUAGAUGCAAUUUUGCAAAAUGUUGGAAGAUCUGAGGAUCUAAUGAAAAGCAAACCCCAUAUAUUGUUAAAUGUGUUGGACUUCCUCAAGGCACUGUGGCAAGAUGCCCCUCAGUUUGCCAAUAUUUUGGAGCAGCUAAAAAAAUCGGAUAAGUUCUGGAGUCAAUUGACCAACUGUGUCACGCUUAUUUCCAGUAUUAAAGAUGAUUUUUCUGGAAAUUUGACCAAAAUGGAGCUUCAAAGUCAAGCUUACGGAUAUCAAUGUCAAUCGAUUGUUUUUGAAAUAUUGGCUUAUGAGAUAUUCCUGCAAAAGAAGCUUAUGCAUGCUGCAUUACUCAUAAAGCAAUCGUCUAAAUUGACUGAUGGAGGGGAAAAGGCAGAUAAUCCCCAAGUUCCAAAAGAUGCAAAUCUCACUAGCCUGAAGGACAUCUUUUCAACCUGGUGUAAGAGUUCAUUGUUGACUGACCUGAUCAAGUCAUGUGUUUCAUGUGAAUAUGAUAACAGUACUCACAUCCGUGCAAAGGUUGCUGCUGGUUUAUUUGCCGUGCAUGUGAUGCGAAAAUUAAAAACUGGUGACUUUGGAAGUUUGUCUGUAUCACUGGUGGAAAAAAUAACUAUUUUGUCACAGAAGUUGAGCAAGUUGCCAGCCUUUUCAGAAUUGUUAACACAAUACACAGAGCGUGGUUAUAGUGAAGGAAAUGAAUUGCACAAUUUAAUACUCAAUGAUCUAUUUUACCACAUGCAAGGAGAGCUGGAGGGCCGUCUGAUCGACAAUAGACCUUUCAAAGAGCUCUUACAGUAUCUUCUUGAUUCGAGCUUCUUGGAUACAUAUAAACAUAAACGUGAUUGCUUUUUACCAGAGUUUAAGGAUGUCUACUUGUAUGACACUGUUCGUUUACGAGCAGAUUUGGGAUUAGAAAUGUGGGACCUAUCAGAGUGGAAAACGUCAAAAGAAGUUGCAGAAACUAUGUUGCACUACUUGCAGGAUGUGAAUUUGAUGAUGUUCCUAUCAAAUACCAAGGUUUCUGCAUUGAGAGGACUAAUAACCAUGUUAUAUAUGCUAGAUGACAAUUCAACUGAUAAUGAAGCUUCAGUUGGUCUAAAGGUUCCUGAUCAAUUAGUUUCAUCAUGCAUCGAUCACAUAUGCCAGUGCCUCCGUGCUACAAUAGGAUCAUUAACCCCUGUUCAUGAUGCUAAUGAUGAUGCCCUUGAUAUCCUUGCUGGUCAAGCAGAGCUACUUCUCACCCUCAUCAGAUCAGAAGACAAAAGGUCUUCUUCUCCAGCUCGUGUUCUUGUAUUAAAGACCUCAGGUUAUGGUCUUAAAGUGUUGAGUGGCUGUAGGUCAUCAGCUGGUGUUAAAACAUCAAUGGAACAUUUUCUUAUGUUGAUUCUCUGUUCAGUCAAGUUGACUCGCAAGCAUUCACUUGCAGGCGGUGUUACUGGGAACAAAUCUGUUGUAGACUUUGCUGAGACAUCUAAUUCGACUUUGGGACUAUUACCCGUUCUUUGCAACUGUAUUGAACUCAAAGAUCAUUGUGCAUUGUCCUUAACAACUAUCGACUUAAUACUGAAAGGUUUCUCAACACCCUCUUCUUGGUUCCCCAUCAUACAGAAACACCUCCAAUUGCAGCAUAUUAUUCAGAAACUUCAAGAUAAAAAUUCAUAUGGAAUUGUUUCAAUAAUAUUGAAAUUUCUUUUGACCAUUGCACAAAUUAGACAUGGUGCCGAGAUGCUUAUAAAUGCUGGUUUUCUAGCGUCUGUAAGGGUUUUGUUAUCUGACCUUUCCGAUGGCAUGCCUUUCUCGGUGAUACUUAGUGAUAGGAGUUUCUCCAACAAGCUGGACAAGACUGAAAAGCCUCAACACAUUUGGGGACUUAGCUUGGCUGUAAUAACAGCGAUUAUUCACUCUUUAGGAGACAGUUCUACUAGUGUCGUGGAUUAUGUGAUGGCUUGCUUAUUGGUUGAGAAGGCCCCUCUAAUUUCUUAUUAUCUUAGUGCGCCAGAUUUUCCAUCUGAUGGUAAUGAGAAGAAGAGAGCUCGUGUCGUGAAAACGAACAUUUCUCUUAGUGAACUUAGAGAAACAGAACAUACAAUAAUGCUUAUCUGUGUCUUGGCCAGACAUCGAAAUUCCUGGACUAGAGACAUGAAAGUAAUGGAGUCGCAAUUAAGAGAGAAAAGUAUCCAUUUGUUAGCCUUCAUUAGUCAAGCAACUCAACGCCAUGGAGAAUCCCCAAAAAGGGUUGCCCCUCUAUUGUGUCAUCCUAUGCUCAAAGAGGAGUUUGAGUGGCACAAGAUGCCAUCAUUUAUAAAUAGCAGAAAUGGGUGGUUUGCUCUUUCUUCUCAGACACAAUUUUCAGACAUGAUAGCAACUGAGAUAUAUAAAGUCGCAUUUUUUCUUCUGAAGUUUUUGUGUCAACAAGCUGAAAAUGUGGCUAGAAGGGCUGAGGAGGUUGGUUUCAUUGAUCUUGCACAUUUUCCAGAGUUACCAAUGCCUGAUAUCCUACAUGGCUUGCAGGAUCAAGGGAUUGUGAUUGUCACCGAGUUGUGUGAAGCCAACAAGAUGAAGCAGCUUACCUCUGAAAUACGAGGCGUGUGUCUCCUUCUGAUGCAAAUGACAGUUAUGGCAUUGUAUUUAGAAUUUUGCGUCAUACAAAUUUGUGGAAUGAGACCUGUGUUGGGACACAUCGAAAAUUUCUCGAAGGAACUACGGUUGUUGAUAAGAGCAACUGAGGGGCUUUCAUUUUUGAAAGAACCGAUACAAUCCUUGAAGCAAAUUGUAUCAUAUGUAUAUCCCGAUUUACUGCAGACAGAAUCACUUUUUUGA